GCCGGGGGCUCGGUUCCCCUGGCAACGGGCGGCCCCGCCGCGGCCCGCCCGCCCCGGCAGCGCUGGGCCUGACGGCGGCGGCGGCGGGACGAGGGAUGGGGGCCGUCCCCCGCUGCCACCAUGCUGCUGGGCAGGAAGCCGGAGGCGCCCCUCGGGGCAGCCAGGUUUGGAGACGGAUUAUAUGAUUCCUAUAUGAGGAUAGAUCAGAUCAGGUACCAGGAGUCUACAAAUGAAGAACAAAGCCCCUCGGGACUUCCUUCCCUUGGAAGAUCAAAUGUUUGUAGCAACAAACUUGCAAUGAAGGAUCACCCUCUGACUGGAAGUCAGGUCAAAGUGGAGCAAUUAUUUGAGGACUCUGGUAACAGAAGGAGUAGUACUCUACAGUCUGCAGGAAUUACUGGUUCAGAAAGAUCUCUUCCUUCCCUGGCAAAAGAUAAGAGUAUAGAGAGCUUAAGCACUUCUAAAGGUGGUGUUAGUUCCUCAAAAGCACACAAAGCCAUUUCCCAAGCUCCAGAGCAAGCUGUCAAACAGUACAAACAUCAAUUAUCUGCUUAUGAGCAGCAAGAGAUAUUCAACUUUUCUGAAAUUUACUUUGUGGGUCCAGCUGCAAAAAAGAGGCAAGGAGUAAUUGGUGGUCCCAACAAUGGAGGCUACGACGAUGACCAAGGCAGCUACAUUCACGUGCCCCACGACCAUCUUGCUUACAGGUAUGAAGUACUCAAAAUCAUUGGCAAGGGCAGUUUUGGACAAGUCGCUAAAGUCUACGAUCACAAACUCCACCAACACUUAGCCUUAAAGAUGGUUCGCAAUGAGAAGAGAUUCCAUCGCCAAGCAGCGGAAGAAAUCCGGAUUCUGGAGCACCUGAAGAAGCAGGAUAAAACUGGCAGCAUGAAUGUUAUUCACAUGCUGGAGAGCUUCACCUUUCGGAACCACAUCUGUAUGACUUUUGAACUCUUGAGUAUGAACCUGUAUGAGCUGAUUAAAAGAAAUAAGUUUCAGGGCUUCAGCAUCCAGCUGGUACGCAAGUUUGCUCACUCGAUACUGCAGUGUUUGGAUGCCCUUUAUAGAAACAAAAUCAUACACUGUGACUUGAAGCCAGAAAAUAUCCUCCUAAAACAGCAAGGGAGGAGCGGAAUCAAGGUCAUAGAUUUUGGGUCCAGCUGUUUUGAGCACCAAAGAGUCUACACGUACAUUCAGUCUCGAUUUUAUCGAGCACCAGAGGUAAUCCUAGGAAGCCGCUAUGGGAUGCCCAUAGAUAUGUGGAGUUUUGGCUGUAUUCUGGUGGAGCUAUUGACUGGAUACCCUCUUUUUCCUGGAGAGGAUGAGGGAGACCAACUGGCUUGUAUGAUGGAACUUCUGGGAAUGCCACCUCAGAAGCUUUUGGAUCAAUCCAAGCGAGCCAAGAACUUCAUCAACUCCAAGGGUCACCCUCGCUACUGCACUGUAACUACACACGCAGACGGAAGAGUGACCCUUAAUGGGAGUCGAUCGCGCAGGGGUAAAAUACGAGGUGCUCCAGGGAACAAGGACUGGGUGACAGCACUGAAAGGCUGCGACGAUCCCUUGUUCAUAGAGUUCUUAAAAGAAUGUCUCAGCUGGGAUCCUUCGGCACGCAUGACUCCAAGUCAGGCUCUAAGGCACCCAUGGAUUUGUAAACGAACACCCAAACCGCCCAGCACUGACAAAACCUCCAGUAAACGGAUAUCGAGCUACACAAGUUCUUUCACGGGAAUUGGUUCCAAGUUGCCUCCUGUAGUUGGGGUAGCGAACAAGCUGAGAGCGAAUUUAACCUCCGACUCCAGUGGCAGUAUACCUCUAUGUACUGUGCUGCCAAAGCUGGUCAGCUAAUGGCGGGCUCUGUGUCUCCAGAAUACAUACCUUGUAUUUUAAUCGUUUGUUAAUAACGUGUAAGGAAGUUAAAUGCAGAGGUUUUUAAUGGAUUUUACUUUUUAUUAGAGGAUGAAUCUUGAAUAUAAAAAGUUUAGUCAAAAUGUAAACUUUUAAAGGGCUAACUUAUCAAAUUGUUUCUCACUCAACAUGGUGCAUAUAACGCUCUGGAUAGGUCAGCUCCUCUGCUGAGUAAAAUGAGUUUGACAGAUGUGCUAUUUAAUAAUGCUCUUUUAGAAAUCAAACUUUCUUAUCAAGACGGUUUAGAAGAUCAUUUUGCUUAAGACAGCGAGGGAAAAUAAUUUAAAAUGCCUAUUUUCAGUUAAUCCCCAAAUUCACUAUUUUUAUUUGGGGAAAAGUUUCUACAUCUAUUGUCAAAAGCACAAGUGCGUUAAUGUAAUGCGUUAAGAACUUGCUUGCAAAUGGCUAACUUAUGUUUGAAGAAUUUCAUUUCUCUGUGCUGCUUUUCCCUUACCUGUUCUGACGGAGAUUUUUAGAAAUACCAUGGGAUCUAGACACCAAAAGUUUGGUGUUGAAAUUUUGUAGUCUGACUUUUAUUUUUAUUUUAUUUUUUUCCGAACAGCUUGGAAAUGGCACAGAACACAGGAUAUGUCUAAAUAAAACUAAUUCCUGUGCACUUGCUAUCUCCCUUGAAAGCACAUGGAAAGCUGAUGAGGAAAUUCAGGUUCAGAUGGUCAAUCAGAUGUGUGGACCAGUUUGAUCAGACCUAAUGAAUCAAUUAUAUGUGUUUUGGAGCUCAGAUUUUUAAAAAAUCAGUUCUGCCAGGUGUGUUUGUGUGGAUUUUGUGUGUGUGUGUUGUUUUUUUUCCUGUAUUGUUUCCAAAACAAAAAUGUUGAACUUAAGGAACCGUCAAAUCUGGGGUCUGUUUUACACAUUUGAGAUUCUGAUCAUUUAAAAAAUGUCUUUGUUGUGUAGAGUGAAUUCCAUUGCAUUAGGUGGAGCUCUUCUAAUAGCAAAGCAAAGAUCCUGCCCUGGUCA